CCACAGUGAGCAUAUUCCGACGCCGGUAAGCAUAUUCCGGCGACAAAAAGCAUAUUUCGGUGACCGGCGACUAGUUUCCGGCGACCGGUGACAGAAUUCCGGCGACCAAAAUUUUGGUCAAAAAAUAAAAAAUAUUUUUUAUUUUUAUUUUUAAUUAUUAUUUAAACAUAUUUUUCAUAAUGACAAUUAUCCCCCUGUUAUGAUUUUACACUAGGUCAACUAAGCUAAUAAAAAGUCAUCACAAUCCUAGUUUUCUAUUGGUUGGAGACUAGUGUUGCUACAAUAUCCGCUCCCAUAACAAUCAAACUCUCUAACCAAGUGCCGGGCCCGGUACUAGUCUUGUUAUAGAUGGGUUAAUUUGGGCUUAAGAGAAGGAUAGGCAUUUGCGUAAACCGAGUUAUUCCCUCCAAGUUCGAGAUAGUUGGGCCUCGAUAAAGGAAGUCAAGUCCAAACCACAGCUCAAAACAAUCAGAAACCGUGAAGGGUGGCGUUGGGCUCUUAAUUCGUUUACUAAGCCCAGGGUCUUUUUCCAGGACAGUUCCAAGUUUCCUAGUCUCUAGGUCGAGAUUCCAGUGUUCUCUCCAAAACCCUCUGGGUAGGGUAUAACGGAGUAGAGAAGCCGUUGAGAACAGAGAAGGAGGCGCCAAUGGGGGAACCACGACAGGAAAGCGUUCCAGUCUUGCCAUGGAUGAGGCAACCAGUUGACGUCAGUCAGUGUGAAGAAUGCCCUCUAGAUCUCCUGCCUUGCCUUGAUCCCAGGCUGAUGGUCGCGCUGCAGGAGUUGGGUUUCUCAUCGCUCUUCCCAGUACAAGUUGGCGUGUGGCAGGAAACAAUCGGCCCUGGCGCCUUUGAGCGCGACCUCUGCAUAAAUUCGCCCACUGGCAGUGGUAAAACGUUGGCCUACGCAUUGCCUAUUGUGCAAGCGCUUUCGAAUCGCACCGUCAGAUGUUUGCGCGCUUUGGUGGUCUUGCCUACGCGUGACUUGGCCUUGCAGGUGAAGGAAGUGUUUGCUGCAAUUGCACCGGCGGUGGGCUUAUCUGUUGGUCUGGCAGUGGGGCAAUCUUCAGUAGCUGAUGAAAUAUCCAAACUGAUUAAGAGACCUAAGCUCGAGGCGGGUAUCUGUUACGACCCAGAUGAUCUUCCACAGGAAUUAGAAAGUUCGGUUGAUAUAUUGGUUGCAACGCCUGGUAGGCUUAUGGAUCAUAUCACAAGUACUAAGGGGUUUACGCUUGAGCACCUCUGCUAUUUAGUGGUUGAUGAAACUGAUAGAAUGCUCAGGGAGGCAUACCAGUCUUGGCUUCCUACUGUUCUUAACUUAACUCGCUCUGAUGAAGAAGGCCCUAUCCCAUGUAUUACCAGUUUUCUUCCAUCUGCAUUUGGUUCUUUGAAAACCAUAAGACGAUGUGGCGUUGAAAAGGGCUUUAAUGGGAAACCUUAUCCCAGACUUGUGAAAUUGGUUUUAUCUGCCACAUUAACCCGAGAUCCAAGCAAGCUCGCUCAACUUGAUCUACAUCAUCCUUUGUUAUUGACAACUGGGAAGAGGCGCUACCAGGUUCCCGAAAGAUUAGAAUCCUACAGUUUGAUGUGUGAGUCGAAGCUGAAGCCCCUGUACUUGGUUGCUGUUCUACAAAGUUUAGGAUCGGAAAAGUGCAUUGUCUUUACCUCAUCAGUGGAAUCUACUCACCGGCUUUGCACCCUAGUGAACUUCUUUGAUGAUUUGAAACUCAAUAUCAAAGAGUAUUCUGGUCUCCAACGUCAAUCUGUGAGAAGCAAGACAUUAAAAGCCUUCAGGGAAGGGAAGGUACAGGUGCUUGUUUCCUCUGAUGCAAUGACUCGAGGAAUGGAUGUUGAAGGGGUGAGGAACGUUGUCAAUUAUGACAUGCCUUCAUAUGUCAAGACCUACAUACAUAGGGCUGGUAGGACAGCUAGAGCAGGUCAAAAGGGCCGUUGCUUCACAUUGUUGGAUAAAGUGGAGGUCAAGCGCUUCAAGAAACUCUUACAGAAAGCUGGCAUCGAUUCAUGUCCCAGCUACUCUGUGCCUUCCGACUCUCUUGAGUCGCUUCGAACUAUUUAUCCUUCCGCGUUGGAGAAACUAAAGGAGAAAGUUGAAUCGGAAACAUCUAAGAAGCUGAAACUUGCCCCCAAGUCUUCUAGAAGAAGCCAAGCAGAGGGGAAAAAAUCAAGGAAUGAUCAAUAAAUUAUCUAUUCUGGCCCCGAUCUAUGUGCCAACUGUACAGGUUAGUUCAACUAUCGCUACCUAGAUUAUCAGAGUAGCAGUUGACUUCAUUUUCUAAGAUUAUUAUAGGUUUGCCCACCAGGAGGUAUACUUGUCAUCUUGUCUGGAUACAUCGUACUUGAUAUGUUCAGGUUAAAUCGUCCUUAGAUUAAAAAAAAAAAGGGGUGUUCCAUACAGUCCUCGCCGGAGGUGUGUGGUCUUUGGAUCUCUAGAGAUAUUUUCAUAAGUUAGUUGAACAAAUACUGAGAUAUUUAUUUUAUACAGAUUUUGGAACCAUUUCAACACAUUGACACUUCUUCCUAGAAGUCUAUUCCAACAGGUUGAUCUCAUAAAUGAUGAUUGCCAUGAUUAAUAUAUCGUGCAGGUUUUAACAGCUCCAAUUGUUCAAAGAUUCAUGCUUUCGAUGAAUUUUCAGAUUAUAGGAUUGGCCCCGUACAAAUAGUUGUUACAAGUAGAAGAAACAAUAUCUGCUUGUAUUUCUCUUCAACUUCUGUUGACAUGGAUACAUACAUAGAUCCAAACAUUGCAAGCUAUCUCUACUGACUUCACUGUGGUUUCUGACAAUUUAAGCACUUGUUCUACAGAUAGAGUUUACAAAAAGACCUCCCAUCUGCUGCAACUCCAGUCAAGAAACAUCUCUGACCAAAACAAACAUUGUUCCCCUUUCACAACUGGGAAAAAAAGAAAACAAAAGGGGAGAA